GGCGCCGCUGCGCCCCGUCGCAUCUCGCCACAGCAGGUGGGGGCGCGGCGCGGUACUGCGCCGGAGGGCCGAGGGGCGGAGGCGGCCGCCACACCUAGGGCGCCCGGGAGCGCCCGGGUCUGGCGCGGGCGGAACCGCCCUGAGGGCCGCGCGUGUCCCCGGCCUCGGCCCCGCCCCGCGCCGUCCAAUGAGAGCCCGCGGCCAGAGGGGCUGUCCGCACACUCUGCCCGUAGCCCCACUCCGCGCCGCCAACCCCCUGACACCGCACCCCGCGCCGGGGCACCGCGCCCCAGACCCCGGGCUCGGCGCGCCGUCGUCGGCUUCCGGACACCGCUCCCUGCGCCCCUCUCCGGGACCCUGCGCCCCGGUUCCUGGACUCCAGGUGCCCCUAGGUCCCCAGCCGCCGGCGAGCCCUAUGGCCCCCCAAGGGGGUGAAGUAGGAGCAGCCUGAGUACCCCCAGCCGGUGCCCCGUCCACGCCCCUCCGGGCCGCGCGGCGGGUGUCUUCGGGGAGCUAUGCUGAGGCCGAGUGGUGCGGAGGAAGCCGCGCAGCUCCCCCCUCGGCGCGCCCGCGCCCCUGUCCCCGCGCCCGCGCCCAGACCCGCGGCCCCCGACGGCUCUCGGGCUUUGCCCCGCCUAAGUCUUGCCUGCCUUCUGCUGCUGCUGCUGCUGACUCUGCCGGCCCGCGUAGACACAUCCUGGUGGUACAUCGGGGCACUGGGGGCCCGAGUGAUCUGUGACAAUAUCCCUGGUCUGGUGAGCCGGCAGCGGCAGCUGUGCCAGCGUUACCCAGACAUCAUGCGCUCAGUGGGCGAGGGGGCCCGAGAAUGGAUCCGAGAGUGUCAGCACCAGUUCCGCCACCACCGCUGGAACUGCACCACGCUGGACCGGGACCACACUGUCUUUGGCCGUGUCAUGCUCAGAAGUAGCCGGGAGGCAGCAUUUGUAUAUGCCAUCUCGUCAGCAGGGGUGGUCCACGCUAUCACUCGUGCCUGUAGCCAGGGUGAACUAAGUGUGUGCAGCUGUGACCCCUACACCCGUGGCCGACACCAUGACCAACGUGGGGACUUUGACUGGGGUGGCUGUAGUGACAACAUCCACUAUGGUGUUCGCUUUGCCAAGGCCUUUGUGGAUGCCAAGGAGAAGAGGCUGAAGGAUGCUCGGGCCCUUAUGAACUUACAUAACAACCGCUGUGGUCGCACGGCUGUGCGGCGGUUUCUGAAGCUGGAGUGUAAGUGCCAUGGCGUGAGUGGCUCCUGUACUCUGCGCACCUGCUGGCGUGCACUCUCAGACUUCCGCCGCACAGGUGAUUACCUGCGGCGACGUUAUGAUGGGGCUGUGCAGGUGACAGCCACUCAGGAUGGCGCCAACUUCACAGCAGCCCGCCAAGGCUAUCGUCGUGCCACCCGGACUGACCUUGUCUACUUUGAUAACUCCCCAGACUACUGUGUCUUGGACAAGGCUGCAGGUUCCCUAGGCACUGCAGGCCGCGUUUGCAGCAAGACAUCUAAAGGGACAGAUGGUUGUGAAAUCAUGUGUUGUGGCCGAGGAUACGACACAACUCGAGUCACCCGUGUCACCCAGUGUGAGUGCAAAUUCCACUGGUGCUGUGCUGUGCGGUGCAAGGAGUGCAGAAACACUGUGGACGUCCAUACUUGCAAGGCCCCCAAGAAGGCAGAGUGGCUGGACCAGACCUGAACAUAUAGAUACCUGACUCAUCCCUCCACUUCAAAUCUCCUGACUCAAAAGCACAAGAUCUUUGCAUGCACACCUUCCUCCACCCUCAACCCCGGGCUGCUAGAGCUUCUAUUUAAGCACUUGGAAAGUGAUCCAGAGGGACUCUCGUGUCCUGGCUGGUUCCUUAGCCCUGGGAAGGAGCUGACAGGGGAUGUAAGAAACUGAGCGGCUCCCUGACAUCCCCCUCUGGAGGUUAGAAGGGAGAGUGGAAGAGGUAGGGGUCUUCAGAGUGAUAUGAGUUGCACUAAAGCAUGGUCAACGCUCAUUUUUCCUUUCCCUUGCACUGGCUUCCUGACACUUCUUGUCUGUGCAAGAGGAAGGGUACUUGGAGAGAGCUUCUUCUUGUUCUUACUUGGUUGAGGGUAGAUGGGACAGAGAUGAAACCAUAUAUCUCUUCCCUGAGUCAGUUUGAGCAGACUGCCUGGUACCCCAAAAGAAAGUCUCAGACUACAACAUUCUUUCAUUAUCCAGAGCCUGGGAUUGCUAGACAAGAGUUAGCUAUAGUGGACAAGGUUCCAUUCACAUGUUCAUAUGUUUAUAAACUGCUGUGUUUUGUAGGGGAAAAAAUUAUAUAACUAUAUAAACAUACAUUCUCUUCCAAUCUUUCUCCUUUUCAACUUUUAUCAGACAGCACUGCCAUUUUUGCUCACUUGCUACCUGUUCAAACUGAGUGGCAUGCAAUGGUUCCCAUGUCUAACCAAUCAUUAGAAUACCCUGGAACACUCCUGAGAAAGAAUAAUUUAGUAA